GGGAGGACAGCCAUAUAAAAGUGCCAGAGCACAAGCGGCACUUUAUCCGGCCCAUCCCACUCACGGUAAGAGGAAAUCCUAAACUGGUCUGGUCCACUGGUGCUCCCCUUCUCUCUCACUCACACACCCUGGACGCUCACACAAACAGGAGGACAAUGGCAGUAGCAGCAUCCACACAGAGAAUGAAUGAGACCCACAAAAUGCUGGCAUUCACUUUGCUUCUCAUCACCACCCUCUUUCACGGUGGUGUAGUUGCACAAGAUGAGAGUGAAUCAGAUGUUGUCACUGGGCCCACACAGCCAGUGGAUGUUGCUGAAUUAAUUCGUGGAGACGACAUUGACACCACACAACCGGCAGAUGAAGAAGCAGAUAAACCCCAAGUCCAGAUCAUUGUAUUCCCCAGUAUUCCUGGCCUGGAUCUGUCAGGCUUCUUACAUGACACCACAGCGACUCCAGUCACCAAGGGGGUAGUGGAGACCACAGACAUAGGGGAGGCCACAGUGGAGGCUGGUGAAGCAGGAAUCACAGACCCAGAUGACAACCAGGAGACCCAGGCUCCCCAGCAGUUUCAGACCUCCCAAUCUAGUGACACUGUGCUCAUCCCAGAGUGGUCUGGUGUCUCUCUACAGGCUGAUGUGAUGUGUGUUGAUAAAGAAGCUGUCCAGGACAGAGAUGCUGUGAAUCUGAAACUCAAGGCCUCAUCCAGCUGUGAGGAGACCAGGUCUAAAAUUGAGAGUGUGUUGGAGCACCUGUGUGGAGACGACUGUAAACUGGAGGUCUACCAGGAGGACAACUCCAAUGAAAUCCUGAUCUCUGGCCAAUGCAUAGAAGCUGAUGCAAAAGGAAUGGCUGAGAAGUUCAACAAUGACAACAUUAAAGACAAGAUUGAUUUUGAGGAGGCUGUUCCUCGCUGGGGGAAGAAAUCCAAACUGGUACUGGUCUCCCUGCUGCUCACUGGACUGCUCCUGGCUAUUCUUCUCAUCGCAGGCUACUACCUGAAAACCCACCGCCCACCACCCAAGGGAGCGAGACUGGCUGAAGAGGGUUUCCAGGUGUAUGAGGAGAACCAGGCCAACACCCUGGUGUCUGUGGCCCCUCUGCAGUCACAGGAGCCCCUGGUGAAGCCCACCAGCAAUGGGGAGUUUCCUGAGAGCCAGCCACCACCCAACAACGGCCAACCUGCCACCCAGACCUCGGUUGCUGACACUGAGAUGUGAACGAGCUCUGAAUUACAUCCCCAACGCCCCAUUUUCAUUCCUCCUGCUCACCAUCAUCACCACAUUCCCAAUCCCUCUCCCCUCAUAGUGUACCUACAAGACUCUAACACGAAACAACAAUUCAAUAUCUAAGCCCAACUCACCUUACCCCAUGCAACCCUUGACUCCCAGGAUGAUGACAAUGAUGAAGAUGAUGACUAUGACGAUAAUGACGAGGCCUGUAAUGUGAAGAGAAGAGAUUGUGAUCACUGGCCUCUAACAGGUUUCAGUGGUGGUAGAGAAGGAGCCUAAACACUGAGUUUGGGGGACUGGACAGCAGGUUGAGACUGCAUUCCAAAAACAAUAAUUGCUGCAAGAAAUUAACAAGAAAUCACCAAAAUUGACAAUUUGUGUUGCUGUUUCCAAAUUCAUGUAUGAAGCACAGUAUAUUCGAAUUCUUAGUCUUUCAGAUCUCAAAUGGACUCAUUUGAACUAAAAGGGUCAUCGUAGUUUAAAGUAUCGCUUGUAUGAUGUGGUGUGAUCGUUUGCUUGAACCUCCUGUUUGAGGUAAAAAAUUACAUUGGGGCGGCAGGGUAGCCUAGUGGUUAGAGCGUUGGAUUAGUAACCGAAAGGUUGCAAGUUCAAAUCCCGAGCUGACAAGGUACAGAUCUGUCGUUCUGCCCCUGAACAGGCAGUUAACCCACUGUUCCUAGGCCGUCAUUGAAAAUAAGAAUUUGUUCUUAACUGACUUGCCUAGUAAAAUAAAGGUUAAAUUAAAAAACAGAAGCGGAGAAAGAGUGAUACAUGGAGAUUAUUUCAACCAUUGAAGAGAUUUUAUUAGGCAGCUUUAAAAUGGGUAUCAAUGUGAUUGGUUAGUGCAGAGAUCAGAGUUGAAUCAUGUUACCUUUUAUCAAGGCCUAUCAUAAUAGUUGUGUGAGAUGGGCUGCCAUAUGUUUGUUUCAUAAUUAUGUAGGCCUACACUCUUAGAAAAAAAUGUGCUAUCUAGAACCUAAAAGGGUUCUUCAGCUGUCCCCAUAGUAAAACCCUUUGAAGGUAGAACCCUUUUGGGUUCCAUGUAGAACCCUUUCCACAGAGAGUUCUACAUGGCACCCAAAAGGGUUCUACCUGGAACCAAAAAGAGUUCUCCUAUGGGACAGCCAAAGAACCAUUUUGUAACCCUUAUUUUCUAAGAGUGUAGUGUGUCACAAUUUCAAUCAUGACGAACAUUAUAUUGUAGUUGUUUAAAUGUUUUUUUUUUGUUCUGACUCAGCACUGUGUCUUUGAGAAUGUUGAACCAGGUAGACUAAUCUUAUCAACUCCGAAAAACAGACAUAACCUGUCGGUUUUGUGUGGCAAAGCACUGCCUUUAAAUAUCUAUAAAACCGCUAGUAACAUGUUCAACAUUCCCAAGGCCCUUUAAAUGUCCUUAAUAAAUCAGUUCCUCAUGAAACAUCA